AUGUUCAUCACAAGAUUACUAAGCUUCGGACCUCGGCGCGGCCACCCAAGGAAUCUAAAACGCAACAUCGCCAGCAUAUCGAUUCUGACACGGGUUCCCGCAACUAUAUAUCGUCUUCAGCAAGGACCACGCUCAAACCUUCUUGCUCCUCACCCAGAGGGCGAGGGUAUACCGAUCGACGAAGUUCAAUUAGACCGGGACGGACUUGUCAAGACUGGAUUGUCUCUGAAAGAACCUUUGUUCAAUGGAGCGAUCUUUAUGCCCAACACUCAUCUUAUGCAGGAAUUGACCAGAGAUGCUUUCGAUGCUUAUUUUGAACAAGACGAGUCGUGCAAGCCCAUUUUUGUUCGAUUGGCCAAAGGUACCAUGGUUCCAGAGUCACUUCAACUCCUUCAACAAGACUCGCAAUUCGCGUUACAACCCGUCCCUCCUCGGAGAUUGGCCGAGCUGAACGAAUACCUUGACGAAUUCUACAGUGCCUAUGCAACAAUUAUUGAUGCUGGGGACUGGUAUCAGAAGAAUGCUUUCGCCGAUGCCACUCCUGAUGAAGAGCCCCAUAUUUGGACUGAGCUCUAA